CUCGGGAAAGCCAGCCAGCCCUUGCCAUGCUCUGGGGAGUGUAUCGGCUCCACAAUCCCUCUAGCAGCUCCAGAGCUGGAGGUGCCCGUGCGCAGAGCUUUCCCCUACCCCCACUCCAUUGCGACUCCAAACCCCAGGGCUGGCUGGCUUUGUGGCCUACAGGCAGGUAUAUACAGCUGCUUUCCAAAGCAGGGAUUGUCCAGCCAUCCGCCCACCCAGGCUCACAUGGGCCUGGCCUAGGGGUGACCCUGGGAAUGUCGGCUCUGUCUCACUGCUGAUCCCUUUAGUCAGUGCUCCCAGCUCCCUGGGAUUGUGGGGGACUCGAGGGCCCAUCUCACCUGAUUUGGGUCAGGCAGUGGUGACUGAAACCAGUCCUUGGGGCUGCUAGGGUUGUCACUCUCCCUCCAGCAGUGGCCCGGUAUACCCUGGGGUACAGCAGAAAGGCUCUAUCUUUGUCUCCCCUGUAGGACAAAGCCAUUCUCCAGGCAUUGGACAGGGGCCCCCCCAUGUCGCAUAUGAACCUGGACUUCCUUGUCUCCCCAGCGCAGAGGGGGUACCUGGGCUCCCCUGGACUUAAGCGCCCAGACUUCAGAAUGAUGUCCCCGAAAUCCUUCCCUCAGCGCUUUAUGCGGCAGCAGUCUCCCAUGAUGCCCCGCUCCAUGGGCUCCCCUCGACCGUACACGCCGUCCCGCAGAGCCUCACCUCUCUUCACCCCCAAUCAGAGCUCGGGGUAUGUGUCUCCGACCCCCUUUAGGCCCAUGUCACGCAACAUCAGCACCCCAACGCAGCCCCUGGCCAUGCACUUUGGCCCCAUGUCUCCCUCUCUGGAGCCCCCUCUCUUCUUCAGUCCUCCAGCCGGCUGCCAGCUGAAGUUCAGUGUGCCCAGCCACAUGACCCAGCUGCACCCUCAGCAUCAGCGGAUCCUGAAUCAGCGGCAGCAGCGAGGGCAGGCGCAGAGCAUCUCCCCCAAGAAGGCAUGGUCCCCGAAGGCGGAUCCCUAUUCUGGGCUCAUGACACGCAAGGAGAAGGAUUGGGUGAUCAAGGUGCAGAUGAUGCAGCUGCAGAGUGAGAAUCCUCACCUGGACGACUACUAUUACCAGGCCUAUUACCACAGGCUGGAGCGGAAGCAGGCAGAGGAGGAGCUGCUUGGGGGGCGCAACAAGCAGGAGCCCCCCAAGCUGGUCACGCCGUACAUUCAGAAGAUGGAGAUCUAUGACUCUGUGGUGCGGAUUGCAGGCUCACUGGGCCAGGUUGCCGUGUCCACAUGUUACAGUCCCCGUAGGGCCAUCGAUGCCGUGCACCACGCCCUGCAGGAGGAGGCUGCAGGGAACCAGCGACUUCGGGCGCUGCACAGAAUCGAGAAGAUGUUCCUGCAGCUCCUGGAAGUGGAGGAGACUCAGCGGAAGAUGAGCCUGCUGCCCGAAGAACAGCACCCCCGUUUCCGUGAGAAGAAGAGCCACGAAGUGGGGCGCAUCUACCAGGCCCUGAAGAUCAGGGCGUGCAACAGUGAGGAGGAGGCAGAAGACGAGUUCCUGCAGGUCCUUUGUGUACGGAAGGGGAAGAAACUGACCGCGCGGCUGCUGCCGCACCUGGCACGGGAGCAGGCGGAGGAGAUCCUGGUCACCAUCACCCGCCACCUGCCUUUCCUCAUGAGGAAGGAUGUGCUGGAUGAGUCCCUGCCUGUCCUGUACGGCCCCCUCAGCGAGAUGGUGGGCCGGAUGACCUUCAGCGAGCUCAUCGAGGUCCUGCAGGAGCUGACCAGGCCGCUUGCCGGCUCCACCGAGCUGCCGCUCACCAUGACCUUUAAGAACCAGUUCGGGAUCUCGCUUCUGUACGCCCUGCUGAGUCACGGCGAGAGGCUGCUCUCCUCUGACAUGCCGCUGGGGCCGCACAGCGGGGACUUCGAGAAGUGGACGGACACAGUGUUCCUGGUUGCCAGGGAGCUGUCCCAAGUGCCCAAGACUGCCCUGGUGGAGCCUCUCUUCCUCCCCAGCAACCUCCUCUCUUUGUUCUGCCGCUACCUGGACAAGCAGACCAUCCACCGCCUGGAGGCCAAGAUGGAGUGCUCCCCUCUGCCCUCAGAGGCUGCCAUGCCAUGCUGAGACCUCCCAUUCCUGGGAAAGUGGAUGAGACCAGUUUCCUGGGCAGUGGUGCCCAUCUUCUCUGAGAUGCACAGGCAGGGGGCAUCAUCUUGUGACUUUGUUUCCAAAUCAGACACUAUCCCUGGCACAAGGGGACUUUGUGUUUUUUGCCCUAGCACCGGGAGGAGCAAGAUUCAAGGGCUGAUCAUGGCCCUCUCCAGCGCCGGUGCCUGGGGACACAGCACAGGGGACACGGGUAACUUAUUUGGGCCUCGCCCCGCAGAGGCAAGCACUGGAGCACAGCGGGCUCAAAGCAGAUGUGUACAGUGGGCAUGGGGAGCACCUGGUGGCGGGCGAUUGAGGUUGACUGUGUACAGCACUCGCUAAAAUAAAAGCGAUUAACAAGACCCCCUGGCCUCGGUAUGUGAAGUCUCCAGCUUGGGCGAGCCCCCAGUGUGCUGUAAACAGGGCAUGGAAGUGCAACCAAGAGACCACAUGUUCCCACCAAGCUCCUGGCACAUGGCUCCUCAGCAGCUGCUCCGUCACAUGCCUUCUCUGUGUGGACACAGGUCUGGUGUGUGCAGCCCUCUCGGAGAACCUUCCUGGGCUGAACUGCAAUAGUCUUGUGUGUUGGCAUGGAGUGGGGCAUGUGGAUAGAUUUGCUGCCCGAGCUCCAGGCUCUGUAAAUGACCAAUCUAACUCCUCCCUCUCACAUGCAGCACCGAGGCAGGCGCACAGGAUACCAGCUUACAUUGAAUGGUCUGUUUGGGCUCAGCCUGGAGAACAAUCAGUGGUGGUAUGCUCCCAUGGCCCAUCUACUCUGGACACAGGUUUCCAGUCUUCCUAACAGGAUUGUCCCUCAUCGCAACCUGUUUGCUCUGAUCAUCUGGGAAUUAGUUAAUGAUGCUGGCAGUUUAAAGGUGAUUAUUUGGCUUCAGCGAUCGCUAUCCAGGGAGCUGAGUAGAAGCAGUUCAGAUGUGUCCCAAACUUACUGUUGCAGGCUGUCUGCAGACUCAGGCAGAUGGCACUACACCAGUUGUACUUGGGUCACAGAUUGAAAGUUUCUUUCACAACCAUGAACUUAAUUUUAUAAUGAAAGUUGAAAUUCUGGAGCCUGGGGCUAGACCACUGGAUCAAGACUCAGACCUUGGUUCUACUCCUACCUCUGCACUGAUCGGCUGGGUG